AUGGCUCGAAAAUCUGAAGAUCCCAAAGAUUCGAAGGACGACCUGAGCAUAGUAGCCAACGACGCGCGUAAGAGUGCAGCACUACAACGGAGAGCUGUAUGGAAGGGGGAAGAUGCCGAGAGAGCGGAGCAGGAGAAGCGAGACGCUGCGGAGAAGGCUGCGUCGGAUCAACGAAUGAAGAAACAUGAGGAUGCUGCCAUAGCAAGAGCAAAGGUUGAGGAGAAAGAGCACGGAGAACAACAAGCAAAGCAAAGAGAGGAUGUCUUUUUAGCGGAGGAGGGCGAUCCUGGUUAG